AUGCGACUCCCAAGCCGGUUCUUGCGACCACUGUUGGGAUCACUCAUGCUGGGAACAUGGGGGGUCGCACAGGCAAUAAUAGCUCAUAAUGGAGCUUUUCAAACGAUCGGGCCAGCCAUCUCGCAUGAUGCAGGCAUCAUGAGGAGAGAUUCUGCCAGCUCAACGGCAUCGAGUACCAGCACCACGACCACGACCUCGACAAGCACCACGUCUACUGGGAUCACCACACAUACUGUUCAGGUUGGACCUAAAGUGAGUCCUCACGCCUAUGUCCCGCACAACAUCACGGCAAAUCCAGGCGACGUUAUUGUCUUCGAGUUUUAUCCUACAAACCACUCUGUCGCCAAGGCAGACUAUCUUGCACCAUGUGUGCCAGCUGGCUCGGGUGAAUUCUGGUCUGGGGAGUUCAACACUUUCACUGAGGAAGAUGGUGAUCUUGUUGGUCCAGCUCCGACUUGGUCAAUCACCGUCAAUGACACAGAGGUAUAUCUGCUUCCAAGGUUCACACUUGGAAAACUGGCGAUAACGACCAACGCUGACUUCAUUACUUCAGCCAACAUUCUUUUAUUGCACGGCGCUACAAUCAUGCAUUGGAAAUGGAAUGAAUCCAAACUCCCCUCUUACAAGUCCCACCAGAACUCCACCCAUACCUGGGAAUCGCAAUAUAAAGCCGCACUCACAUACCCCUACAUGCUCCUCCCCGGCGAAUCCAUCCCCGCAGAAGGCUCCACAAGCUCCAGCUCCAGCUCAUCCUCCUCCACCACAUCCACCAGCCACGGUCUGAGCACGGGCGAGAUCGCAGGAAUAGCCGUGGCAUGCGUAGCCUUCGUGGCCAUUUUGAUCGCGCUAUUCUGGACCCUGGGCCGCAACCGCAUAUACCAAAAAUGGAUGUUCUCGGAAGACGGGCGAACGGAGCGGACGGCUCGAUGGGCUUUGUUCCAUUCUCAUGGCCAUGGCGCUCCGCCGAAUCAGAAGAGUGAACUUGAUAGCAAUACGGUCUCCUCUACGGCCCACCAGUCUGAGCACAGCCACUUUUCCAGUCCGCAGCCUAGCCAUUAUUCGAGUCCUCUCCCGAGUCACCGGGCGGACUCGGAGGUACCGGAUACUCGCUCUAUGUAUGGGGCUUUGGCGCUGGCGCGGGGGUCUGGUCAGUGGAAUUGGGAUGCGGCGCAGCAUCCUCGUAAUCAGCGUGGGCCUACGGAGUUGGAUUCUACUAGUGUUUCUCCACCAAAGUACCAGCUGGUGAGGGACUACCGGUGA